AUGAGUCGGAAAACAAAUAUUCCUUUAAAGAAAUUAGAAUUUAAUUUCAGAGAAGACUGUAUUCCCUAUGAAAUUCCACUUCCCAGAGGAUUAUAUCUUUUUGAAUCUUGGGGAGCCCAAGGAGGUGGCCAAAAUUUGGGUGGGCGAGGAGGAUACACUGCUGGAAUGAUUAUACUGAAACAUCCAACAAAAUUUUAUUUAAUUGUUGGUGGAAGAGGGUUAGAUUUUAAAAUCUCGAAAGAACCAAUCAAAAGUCAAUGUGGCGGUGGAGGUAAUGGGGGUAUAGCAGCUGUUGACUAUAUUAACAAACUUCCUUCUGGAUCAAGUGGUGGAGGAGCCACGUCACUUUUUCUGAUUCUGAAUGACAAUAUCAGCUCUAGAAUUUUGGUGUCAGGAGGAGGUGGUGGUGGGACUACAACUGAUUUUCCUUGUCCAGGAGGAUAUGGUGGAGGACUUCAAGCAGGUGAUUCAAGAGGAAAUACAAUUUCAAAAGGUGCAAGUCAAGACAGUGGAUAUAAAUUAGGAUAUGGACAAAAUGGAAGAAAUUCAGCAGGCAUGCAACCAUUUGGUGCAGAAGGAGGUUGUGGUGCUGGCGGCGGCUAUUAUGGAGGAUUUGCUUCACAAAAAGUUGGAGAAUAUAGUAAUUCAGGCGGUGGCGGCGGUAGCUCAUAUAUUUCUGGUCAUCCAGGCUGUGUUUUACAUCCUUCGGGAUUAUACUUUAAUAACACGAUUAUACAAAUAUAUAUCAACCCAUGCACCACUACCGAUGCAGGCUCAACCGCGCAUCUUUCGUUUUUUUUUGCAUGUUUUUCGUCUCAAAGCAUGGUCAAUAGACCGUCUCAAAGACGAAAAACAUGCAAAAUUUUUAUACACUCUCAUAAUAACAUAUGA